AUGGGAGGCUGUUGCACCAAAUCUCAAGACGUAAAUUACUAAUUUAGAGUAAUGAUGAUGUUUCCAUGGAAGAAAUGCGAUAUUCAGCAUUUGUAGAUAUAAGCACAGAAUCAUAUGAAGGUCCAAAGUCAAUAAAAAAACUACCAAAUUAUAAAGCUCCUGCUAUUCUCGCCAAGUCGAAUACUUAUCCAUCACAAUAUAAAGGUGAUUCUCUUGGAGAAGAACUUCUAAACCAAUAA